CUCGACGGUGUUAGAUCCCAGUGGGCAUCUUCUUCGAUUCGCAACUUGGACGCAAAACGUCAGUGAAGGAAAUUUGAGUAUAUCAAGAACAGUGUAAACAGGAGAACUACCAUUUAAACAAAAACCAGCCUCGGUCAGGUGAGGCAAGGGAGACUGAUAGAUAGUUGAAUCGAAGUCUUAUCUCUCUGGGGAGAGAUAAUGGGCUGGGCUCUAUUAAAUCACCUUUCGCCCAGUUGCUGUCUCUGCUCUUACUGACAAGGGCACCUCCAGAGACGGUAAUUGACUUCCACUAUUCAUGCAGGGCAGUGUCUGUUAUUUUCGACUAACGCCACCGUAAUCACAGUCCUUCUCAUUCAAGUGCAUGGUUCGUGACGUCAUGUGACAGAAUUGAUAUACGUGACCAUGAUUUUAUUGGUGUUUUGAUAUUUUUGGUUUCUUUCGUUUAUUAUUUGUAAUUCACGACAGCUACUGAUUUGCUUGUGAUUAUCAUUAAGAGCCACGUGAUAUACGAACGCACUAACGAGCUAUUAUUAGUGACUCGAUCAGUCAGGAAGUGGAAAACAAGGAACAGAAAGGAGCAAUGAAAUGGUGAAUGAAGAAGGUAGACUGAUAUCUCUCAUUGUAUAGAUAAAAACAAUGGCGCAUCGAAAAGCAAGUCAGAUGCUGACUGACCCAGAAGUGACGAUUUUCUCGAAACGAAAUGAGUGAAAAGUCUGGAAAUUUAACAUUUAUGAAGAUACUCUACCAAGGUUCAUAAAAAGACUUUUAUUUCUAGUGAAAGCUAAUCAGAGAGCCAGAAGAAACGACUAAUGAUGGUAAAUGCAACAGCACCAGGGACUUUGGGAGCUACAGGGGGAGCUGGGGGAGUAGCUGCUGCUGCAGUGGCUUCUGGGCCAGGAAAAGGAAAGGGAUCCUUCGUCAGGAGGUCCAAGGGAAAUGUCUUCCGAAGGGCGCUCAGCACCGUGGGCAUUGUCUCCAAAGAGACUCGCCUACUGGAGGCAGCGGACGUGGGAGACGUAACAGCCGUGACUUACCUGUUAUCAGCUGGCGCCGACGUGAACCACCAGAAUGACUUCGGCGAGAGCGCCCUCAUGUACGCUGCCUGGCAGGGGCACGAGGCGGUUGUAGCAGCUCUCCUCCAACACCCAGCAACGCAUGUCAACCUUCAGGAUCACGAUGGCUGGUCAGCUCUAAUGUGGGCAGCGAGAGGAGGGCACACAGGAGUCGUACGAUUAUUCAUGGUUCAUCCGGACACGGAGCCCGACCUGGCCAACAGCGCCGGGGAAACGGCGCUGAUGAAGGCCUGCGUUCACAAGCACGAUGGCAUCGUGAAGCAGCUCGUAGGAUCUUACAGAACCUCUGUAGACAAGGCUCAUCCGGAUGGUUCCACAGCUCUGCUCUGGGCUGCAGCUGGUGGUGGAGCUGCGAACGUAGAGGCUCUUCUGAACGAAGGGGCCAAUAUCAAUGCCGUCGACCAAGACGGCAUGGACGCUCUCAUGUGGGCCGUCACGGUGGGGCAGACUGAGACCACCGAGAUCUUGGUGAAGCGAGGCGCUGAUCUGGAGCGUAAAGACAAAAUCGGACGCUCUCCACUUCUCAUGGCUGCUGAAACUGGACAUGUUGAAGUGGCAAAUAUAUUGUUGCAGCAUGAUGGCACAGAUGUUAAUGUGUGCACAAAAGAUAAAGUGACUCCUCUCAUGCGGGCAUCUGAACAUGGGCACUCAGCCAUCGUCAACAUGCUCUGUAAAUGCCGUGAUACCGAUGUUAAUAUGCAAGAUGCCCAGGGCCGAACAGCACUAGCCUUUGCUUCUAGGUCUGGGCAUACAGACUGCACCUAUAUUCUCCUUCAUCACCCAAGCACUGAUCUAAAUUUAGGGGACCUCGAAAGCAACACUCCUGCAAUGAUGGCAGCCACUAAUGGCCAUGAAGAAGUCAUCAAAGCUUUGAUGUCUCAUAAAGAUUUAAAUAUUUCUGCAAGAAACAGGUUAGGGUUCUCUGCUUUCAUGCUGGCUGUUCGCAAUGGUCACAGAACUGUCGUUAAACAGCUUAUUGCUCAUCCAGAUGUAGAUAUCAAUGAAACUGAUGGCAAUGGCAUGACUGCUAUAGCUUGGUCUGCCAAGAAUGGAUCAACGCACGUCAUGGAAUUUCUACAGCAAUAUGAGUCAUUAGAACCAAACUUACCUGAUUACGAUGGCCUGACACCUCUUAUGUGGGCAGCCCGAUGUAACCAGCUGCUUGCAGUAAAAACACUCCUAAGAGAUUCACGAAGUGAUAUUGAAAACAAAGAUAAAAACGGAUUCACAGCACUGACUUGGGCUUCUCACCAGAAAAACAAGGAAGUAACGCAGCUUCUCUUGAGAUAUGCAGAGCUAGCUAAUGAUAUUAGUGAUGAUACUGUGGAUGACUCCUCAUCAGAUUCCUCCUUUCAUACUCCUUCUGCUAUGACCCACCGUUACAAUAACCGUGUCAGUGAUAUGCAAGUGGACAACAUAGGUGACGUGGUUAAGUUACUGGAAAAUGGACCAUAUGUUAGCUGGCGGCAAAAAACUGGUAAAACUUCCUUUGCUUGGUCUGUAGCAAGUGGACAGGCCGAAGUUGUCAAAGUCUUCUUAUUAGUACCAGGUCUAGAUGUCAAUGAAAGGGAUGAAAACGGACAUACUCCACUCAUGGCUGCUGCUCGUAAUGGCCACCCUAAUGUCAUCAGCCUGCUUCUUUCACACGAAGAUAUCAUUAUCAACAGUACUGAAUGGAGGGGACGUACACCCCUCAUGAUAGCAGCAGAAUUUGGCCAGGUUAAAGCUUUAAUAGCUCUUAUGAAAUGUCCUGAGGUCAAUGUUAAUCAAAAGGAUAAUGAGGGUCACGUAGCACUCUCUCUGGCAGCACUCGCAGGUAUGGUUGAAGUCACAGAUGCUUUGCUUCGAAACCCUAAAGUAGAUGUCAACGUCAAAGCCACUGAUGGCUGUAGCCCCCUACUGUUCGCUGUUCGUGCUGGACAUGAUGGAGUAGCCGAGUUGCUGAUAGACUGUAAAAAGACUGAUGUCAAUCUUACGGACAACUCGGGAGAGAGCGCUCUCAUUUUAGCGGCAGGUUACCAAGGAAAUACUGUGGUUACUCAACGGCUCCUUCAGCACCCUCACAUAGCUGUUAAUCAUCGAACUCCAGGUGGCUAUACUGCUCUUAUACUUGCUUGCAAGAAUGGUCAUUUAGAAUGUGUCAAGCUUCUAAUGGAGCACCCUCUUAUCGACGUCAAUCAACAAGACAAUGGCUCUAAGACAGCCCUAAUGUAUGCUUGUAUGAUGGGUCAAGAGGAUACAGUUCGGCUCCUCUUUUCCCAUCCGGAUCUAAACCCCAACCUCACUUGUAAAGAGUGCAACUACUCGGCUCUCUUGUUAGCAGCCCGUAAUAACAAAGCUGGUGUUGUGGCGCUUCUCUGCGGUAGAAGAAAUUUGUGUGUAAAUCAUACUGACGACUUCAGAACAACAGCCCUCAUGUAUUCGGUGAAACGGGGCUCGAGAGAGGCUGUCGAGUCUCUGCUUGAGCGUUCUGAUAUCGACAUCAAUAUAGCUGAUGUUGAAGGAAAAACCCCACUGAUUCGCGCCUUGGCUGAUGGACAUUAUGACAUUGCUAUGUUGCUUCUUGCACGCCCAGACAUUGACAUAAAUGCUGAGACACUAGAAAAGAAGACAGCCCUUAUGUAUGCAGCCAUGUACCCGGAAGGCCUACCGAGUCUCAAGCUUUUGCUGGCUUUUAAAGCUAUAGAGUUGAAUGCGAGUGACGAAAGGAUGUGCACGGCACUUUUGCACUCUUGUAAAUCGGGAAAUGUGCACGCAGCGUUGGCGUUGGUGGAGACACCUGGUAUUGAUUUAGAGAAACGGGACGACCAAGGACUGACUGCUCUCAUGUGGGCUGCGAUGCUAGGAUUCAGGAUUAUCAUAAAGGCUCUUUUGCAGGUGAAGGCCCUGGACGUGAAUGCCCUGACCCCUGACGGUCUCUCGGCCCUCGGCCUGGCCUGCGAAUCAGGUCACGUGGACGUGGUCCAGCAACUGGCCUCGCACGAGACCGUUGACAUCAACGCAGGAGACAGGGUUGGUCGCACUCCCCUGGUUGCGGCGUUGGAGAGAGCGCAGCACGAGUGCGUUCGAGUCCUACUGCAACAUCCCGCCCACUCCCUCUCGAGAGCGGGCGUCCGCCCGCCUUACCUUCCGCCCACCUUGAAGCAGAUGGUUAAUUUGUACAGGAAAAAUAAUCAGAUCCGGCACGCCCUCCUGUUAAGCGCCCCUCCCCCGUCGCUGGUCCUGGACGGGGUGGGAAAAGCGGGGGAUUCGUGCGUCGCCGGGGGUGGCGAAAUCGCCUCGGUGCUGCUCUCACUGCCUAGGCCCUUCCAGGUGGUACAGCAUGUCCUACGGAAAGCAACGACAGAGACAAUUACGCAACAAGUCCAGGAAUUCGCUGAAAGGAUCGACCCUGAAGCAGACACUGCCGUUAUCUUGUACAUAAGUGGCGAGAUCCUGGUCACUCCCGAAGGCCCGGCGCUCCGCCUGUCUUCCGCGAACUCCGCCCCGAAACAACGUCCAAUCCUGACGUCCUUCUUCCAAGCCCUGUCCUCGGCCCCAACCCUCAUCCUCUUCGUGGAUGCGGUGUCCGUGAAGAUGGAUGACGCCGCCCCUCAACACGCCAAGGCCCACCCUCACGCCCACAUUCUCCCGUCGCUGUCGCAUCCAAAUGUGGCUGUCUUUGGUGGCGUCUCUCAGGAGAGGCUGCAGGUAGUAGGAUCUCGCUGCAGCGCCUUCAGCAGCCUCCUGGCGAGGGAGAUCCUGCACGGCGUCUCCCUCCCGCAGCUGCACCAGAGGCUCAACCGAUCAUUGUCCCACCAACCUCGAUCUCCAACCUCCAACCAGCCUCCGCCGGCCACCUUCAUCUCCAACUUGACGAGGGAGUGGCUGUUUUGAUGGAGUCGUCGUUUCUACGCCCUCCUCAGUACUAAAUUCUCUCUCUCUCUCUCUCUCUCUCUCUCUCUCUCUCUCUCUCUCUCUCUCUCACAAGUAUCUGUUCUGUCUAAAGAGCUAUAAUAAAUGAUAUAUGUACUUAUAUAAUUAUUCUUUUUAUAUAAAAAUGUAAAUUUUCUGAUUUUCUGUUAAGAACUGACAAUGUUUCAGGCAUUUUACGCUACUAAUAUAGUAAUAUAAUGAAAACACGCAGAUACACACCCAGUUGCUUACGGCCAGCCUCUCUCUCUCUCUCUCUCUCUCUCUCUCUCUCUCUCUCUCUCUCUCAUUAACGUAUACAAAAAGAUGGAAAGAAUGGAUUAA